AUGUGCCUCAGCUCCCAGUCCCCUUCUCCUUCAGCAAAACCAAAAGCAAGAGGUGGCUGUACAGAGGAGGAAUGGGAUGCUGUUCUGCCCAGAGCCAACUGGAACGUGAGCAUGAGCAGCAGGUGGAACUUGAGCCUUGCUGCAUCGGGCGAUCCCUGGGGACAGGAGCUGGGGGCGCCAGCUGGAAACGCUUCUCCCCCUGUAGCAUCCUCAGCAGCCAACUUCUCCAAUCAGUUUGUGCAACCCUCUUGGCGCAUUGCCUUGUGGUCUCUGGCUUAUGGUGGGGUGGUGGCAGUGGCUGUUUUUGGAAAUGUCAUUGUCAUCUGGAUUAUUCUGGCUCACAAGCGCAUGAGGACGGUGACCAAUUACUUUCUGGUGAACUUGGCCUUCUCCGAUGCCUCCAUGGCUGCUUUCAAUACUCUCAUCAACUUCAUCUAUGCGCUGCACAGCGAGUGGUACUUUGGAGAGGCUUACUGCCGCUUCCACAACUUCUUCCCAAUCACAGCUGUCUUCGCCAGCAUCUACUCCAUGACAGCAAUAGCUGUGGACAGGUACAUGGCCAUUAUUGAUCCCUUGAAACCUAGGCUCUCUGCAACUGCUACCAAGGUGGUCAUUGGGAGCAUAUGGAUUUUGGCUUUCCUGUUGGCCUUUCCCCAGUGCUUAUACUCCAUAACCAAGGUGAUGCCUGGGAGAACUCUGUGCUAUGUAGCGUGGCCAGGUGGUCCAAAACAGCACUUUACGUAUCAUGUCAUUGUGAUUGUGCUGGUCUACUGCUUUCCACUGCUUGUCAUGGGCAUCACUUAUUCCAUAGUGGGAAUUACCCUCUGGGGAGGAGAAAUACCAGGCGACACAUCCAACAAAUAUCACGACCAGCUCAAAGCUAAGAGAAAGGUGGUAAAAAUGAUGAUUGUGGUUGUGCUGACAUUUGCUGUCUGCUGGCUGCCCUACCACAUUUACUUCAUAGUUACUGGGAUCUAUCAACAAUUAAAUCGGUGGAAAUACAUUCAGCAAAUCUAUUUGGCCAGCUUUUGGCUUGCCAUGAGCUCUACAAUGUACAAUCCCAUUAUCUACUGCUGUCUUAAUAAGAGGUUCCGAGCUGGCUUCAAGCGAGCUUUCCGCUGGUGUCCCUUCAUUGAGGUGUCGAGCUAUGAUGAGCUAGAGCUCAAGGCAGCCAGGUUUCAUCCCACUCGGCAAAGUAGCCUAUACGCUGUCUCCAGAAUGGAUUCCAGCAUGACAGUGGUGUUCGACGCUAAUGAUGGAGACCACACCCAUGCCAGCCAUAAGAAAAGAGCAGCUCUGAGGGACACGAGUUUCAAUGGCUCUUCACAGAGGAAUUCCAAGACCAUCUCCACAGCUUCAAGUCUCAUCAGUUCACUGCAUACAUCAGUAAAUGAUUAUUCCUAA